ACAAACUUAGAAAUUUUCUAGAUUUGAUCAUUUGGGUCACCAAAAAAUCCUGUCUUUUGAUCUGGGUUUAACGCCAAUAAUCAUAUGGGAAACAUUAGCAGCAGCGGUGGUGAAGGUAGACGCCGUCGACGGCGACACCAUACGGCGGCUCCACCACCUCCUCCUCCUCCUUCCUCUUCUCUUCCUCCACCACCUCCAGCUACAGAAAUCCAAGCUAAUCCCAUCGUUUUCGCCGCCGUUACUCCGUAUCCUAAUCCUAAUCCUAAUCCGGUUUACCAAUAUCCUGCUUCUUACAUCCACCAUCCUCCGCCGGGAACCAUGUCGGGUCCACCUCUUCCGCCGUACGACCACCACCUCCAUCAUCCUUACCACAACCACUCUUGGGCCCCCGUGGCGAUGGCCAGAUACUCUUAUGCUGGUCACAUGAUGGCUCCCCCGACUCCUUACGUUGAACACCAGAAAGCCGUCACGAUUCGUAACGACGUUAAUCUUAAGAAGGAGACUCUCAGGCUUGAACCCGACCCGGAUAAUCCGGGUCGCUUUCUCGUCUCCUUCACGUUUGAUGCAACCGUCUCCGGAAGGAUUAGUGUCAUUUUCUUUGCUAAAGAAUCGGAAGAUUGCAAUCUCACAGCGACAAAGGAAGAUAUUCUGCCACCAAUCACCCUAGAUUUCGAGAAAGGACUUGGUCAGAAGUUUAAACAAUCAUCUGGUUCUGGUAUAGACUUUUCAGUCUUUGAGGACGUUGAGCUGUUUAAAGCAGACACAGAUAUCUAUCCAUUGGCGGUUAAGGCAGAAGCAGCUCCCUCAGGUGAGAAUGAAGAAGAAAGGUUGGGAUCGAAGAAAAAGAAUGCGCAGAUUACUCAAGCGGUUUAUGAGAAGGAUAAAGGAGAGAUUAAGAUUAGAGUGGUGAAGCAGAUACUAUGGGUUAAUGGAACAAGAUAUGAGUUGCAGGAGAUUUAUGGGAUUGGGAAUACCGUUGAGGGCGAUGAGGAUUCAGCUGAUGAUGCUAAUGAUCCGGGAAAAGAAUGUGUUAUAUGUUUGUCUGAACCACGAGACACGACUGUUCUUCCAUGCCGACAUAUGUGUAUGUGCAGCGGAUGCGCUAAGGUAUUGAGGUUUCAGACAAAUCGAUGCCCGAUUUGCAGGCAACCUGUCGAAAGGCUUUUGGAGAUAAAAGUUCACGGUAACAGCGGAAGUGGGAACAACACCGGACAGGCUCGCGAACAAGAAGAACAUGGGUCUCACCAACAUCAUCAUUCUCCUCUGCAAAUGGAUGGAAAUUCUGCUGAGAUAGCAGAAGAACAAGAGCUAUCAUCACCAGGCCGAGACCUGUGGAGGCGAGGUUGUGUGUUAGAUUUACCAUCAACAACACCUGAAGAUACUACAAGAGAUGAUUUUUUGAGACGAAAUGCAUCUUUAACUUCAAGUCCUGUUGCCAAAAGAGUCAACUUUUCUCCAAUGUCGAGCCCUAGAAUCGGGCAACGUGGUGUAUCCUUGAGUCCUUCCUUCUCUUCUUCUUCUUCCAGAAACAGAUCUAAUAGCCUGAAGAAUCUAAUCCCCAAGCUAAGCUUCAAGUACCGGAAAAGCAAUAAUGAUAAUGUGGAUAUCGAGAAAGCUGCGGAUUUGGGCUUUGUGACCUCCCCUUCUGCAGGAAAUGGCAGGGACAGGUCGACAUGGACUCUCACUAAUAUUUUAACUCCAAGAUUGAAGAAAACUGAGUCCUUGCCAGUAACUCCUAUAGCUCACUCAAAUCCUGAGUCCACUCACGGGAGAUUUGCGGUUGAUCUAGUUACUUCCACGAAAAAAGGGCCUCUACUGCCUAUCCACCGUUCACGCUCUGUCCCAGCACUCAACAAAGAUGGAAGUCUUAGGCAAUUAGGUGUUUUCCGGGUGAUUCCAACUCCAAACAUGACGCCAACCAGAAAUACUAUUAAACUUAACGACGCGAAUGUUGAUGGCGCUGAAGAUGUUCCUGAAGAAGAAGCUGUAUGUAGAAUCUGCCUGGUAGAAUUGGGAGAAGAUUCAGAAGCCUUCAAGAUGGAAUGCAUGUGUAGAGGGGAACUAGCUCUUGCCCACAAAGAAUGUACAAUCAAAUGGUUCACCAUUAAAGGAAACCGAACAUGUGAUGUGUGCAAGCAAGAGGUUCAGAAUCUCCCUGUGACCCUUCUACGCAUGCAGAAUUCUCGGGGUAGUAUUGGAGCUCCAGAUACCGAGGCUGCACACUACAGUUUAUGGCAGGAUGUUCCAAUUCUUGUCAUUGUAAGCAUGCUUGCAUACUUCUGUUUUCUCGAGCAGCUUCUGCUUACAAAAAUGCAAUCUGGCGCCAUUGCAGUUUCUUUACCAUUUUCUUGCGUUCUUGGUCUUUUUGCUUCGAUGACGUCAACAACAAUGGUGCAGAAGAGAUAUGUCUGGAUUUACGCCACAACUCAAUUCGGUCUUGUUGUUUUUUUCUCUCACAUUUUCUUCACAGUGGUUCGCAUGCAGCCGGUUGUGGCCAUUCUCUUAGCCACAAUUGUUGGGUUUGGACUCACCAUGAGCGGUACAACAGGCCUAGUCGAGUUUUCAAAAUGGAGGAGAAGCAAUAGGACAGCUGAACCUCCAAGCAGUAGUCAGGUGGAUCAACCACCGGUAGAGACAACAGAUCAGAACAUUUCUGGAUCAAGAAACUGAAGCCAGAGGUCCUGAAUACUAAUCAUUGUUCCAGUAGCGGUGUAUAUGGUAUCAAAUCAAACCAUAUCGAAUCAAGUUUUCUUGACAACUCUAGAUGGAGAUCCAUCUAUUUAGAGAUGUGAGAACAGAUUGGUUAUGUGAGUUAAGUAGUGAUAAUUGACGAGAUUAAGGCUCGAUUUUGGGGGUUCUCUUUUGUGUGUGAAUGUGAGUGUAUAUCAUCUGUUGUGUUCUUAAAGAAAAACAGAUAAAGAAAGUUUUGUAUCUUUCUUUUUGUUGUAUAUUACUAUAUUGGGCUUUUAUAAAGUCUUGCAAAUACG